GUUGACAAGUGGAGUGCUCCGGUUGAGUAAUUCCUAUGUUCUCCUGAACAGAAAUACCCAUUGAAGCUGCUUCUCCUGAGAUGAUGUAAUUUCAUGUCUCUCUUAUUCCAGUCUGUGUUUUACAGACAAAGUCAUUGAGAGGGGCUCAAAGGGACCGGUGGGGAGGGACGCUUACUGCAAGUGGACAAAUGGACAAGAGAGGUAGAAAGACCAAAUAGGAACAAAUACAAAGAGACUAACUCCACUCCUCCUCUCUCUCUCGGGCCCCAUGCUGACCUCACUACCAUUGUAACCGAGCUUUGAAUCCUUUCUUCCACCAGCACUUCUACCUUCUCUUUACUCUCAUCCCUCUUGUGUGUUGCAGGUUUACCUCCACCCCAGAAAGAUGACUGUCUCCAGCCUGUGGUAUCCAGAAUGCGGGGUGGCCCGGCCUAGUCCAGUUACUGGCAGCUCCAACGAGCCAUGCGUUAGGCAGUGCCCUGACUCUGAAGUGGUGAUCACACCCUCACCUGUUGUUGUGACCAUCCCCGGACCAAUUCUCAGCAAUUUCCCUCAGCAGAGUGAAGUAGCAGCCGUAGGAGCACCUGUGGUGGGAGCCGGUUUGGGGGGCUCAUUUGGUUGGGGGGGAUUGCGUGGCCAUGGAGGCCUUUACGGAGGGUUGUAUGGUUUAGGGAGGUUAGGUGGUUAUAGUGACCAUUAUGGUUAUGGGGGAUUAUUGGGCCAUGGGGGAUACUGUGGUUACCCAGGUCUUUACGGUUAUGGGGGAUUAUUGGGUUAUGGGGGACACUGCGGUUACCCGGGCCUUUAUGGUUCCGGGGGAUUAUGGGGGUAUGGGGGAUAUGGCCGUAGGUCUCUUGGUGGAUAUUGUGGGCCAUGUUAAACCCAGCAGGAACACCCAUAAAAGAAGGAAGAACCAGGAAUUUAACAGCAAGAUACAGAUUCACCCCUGAGCCUAUGGGCACGGCUUUCAG